GUUGUCUUAACGAAAAGCGGCUUCCUAAUCCUCCUCCUAAAGGAAUAAAAGGAGCAAACAGCUUCUUCUCCUCCUCCUCCUCCUCUCCAACCAAAUAAAAUCCAUUUACUCUCAAUGGAGCUGAGCUUGACCACCUCUUCCGCUUCUCCAGCGGUUUUGAGGAGGCAAGCUUCUCCUCUGCUCCACAAGCAACAACAAGUGCUCGGCUUAACCUUCGCUUCCGCCCUUAAACCAGGAGGAGCUCUCCGGUUUACUCCCCGGCGCCGUCCGCUUCACCGUCCCAUCACUUGCUCUGUCUCUCCAUCAACCGCUGAACCAUCCUCCGAGGUGAAGAAGAAGAAGACGUUGGUGAGGAGGGAUGACGUGAGGAACAUAGCAAUUGUAGCUCAUGUUGAUCAUGGCAAAACUACUUUGGUUGAUUCUAUGCUUAGGCAAGCUAAGGUAUUCAGAGACAACCAAGUGAUGCAAGAGAGGAUCAUGGACUCUAACGACCUUGAGCGUGAAAGAGGAAUCACUAUCCUUAGCAAAAACACGUCCAUCACUUACAAAAACACAAAAGUGAAUAUCAUUGAUACUCCUGGCCACUCUGACUUUGGUGGUGAAGUGGAGCGUGUCUUGAACAUGGUUGACGGUGUGCUUCUUGUGGUGGAUUCUGUUGAGGGACCAAUGCCACAGACAAGGUUUGUUUUGAAGAAGGCUCUUGAGUUUGGACAUGCAGUUGUGGUGGUCGUGAACAAGAUUGACAGGCCUUCUGCUCGUCCUGAGUUUGUUGUCAAUUCCACUUUUGAGCUCUUUAUUGAACUCAAUGCUACUGAUGAACAGUGUGAUUUUCAAGCGAUAUAUGCCAGUGGGAUCAAAGGAAAGGCGGGGCUUACUCCGGAUGACCUUUCAGAAGACCUGGGACCACUGUUCGAGGCUAUCAUUAGAUGUGUGCCUGGGCCCAAUAUUGAAAAAGAUGGUGCACUUCAGAUGCUUGCCACAAAUAUUGAAUAUGAUGAGCACAAAGGACGUAUUGCUAUUGGGAGGCUACACGCAGGGGCACUGCGCAAAGGAAUGGAUGUCAGGGUGUGCACUUCUGAAGAUUCCUGUAGAUUUGCAAGAGUGAGUGAGCUCUUUGUCUAUGAGAAAUUCUACAGAGUACCUGCUGAUACAGUGGAAGCUGGAGAUAUUUGCGCUGUAUGUGGCAUAGAUGACAUUCAGAUUGGUGAGACUAUUGCUGAUAAAGUACAUGGGAAGCCUCUACCUACAAUCAAAGUAGAAGAGCCAACUGUGAAAAUGUCCUUCUCUGUAAACACCUCUCCUUUCUCUGGUCGUGAGGGGAAGUAUGUAACGAGCAGGAACUUACGAGACCGUCUAAACCGUGAACUUGAAAGAAAUCUAGCUAUGAAAGUGGAAGAUGGUGAGACAGCAGACACAUUCAUUAUCAGCGGGCGAGGCACAUUACACAUUACCAUCCUGAUAGAAAACAUGAGAAGAGAGGGAUAUGAAUUCAUGGUAGGACCACCGAAAGUUAUCAACAAAAGGGUCAACGAUAAAUUGCUGGAGCCGUUUGAGGUAGCAACUGUCGAAGUACCAGAGAACCACAUGGGUCCUGUCGUUGAACUACUUGGGAGAAGACGUGGACAGAUGUUUGAUAUGCAAGGUGUUGGGUCGGAAGGAACAGUUUUUCUGCGGUACAAGAUCCCAACACGUGGACUACUCGGACUGAGGAAUGCAAUCUUAACAGCUUCUCGUGGGACAGCCAUCCUCAACACCGUGUUUGACAGUUAUGGACCUUGGGCUGGAGAUAUCAGCACCCGUGAUCUUGGUUCGCUGGUUGCGUUUGAAGAUGGGACAUCAACGUCGUAUGCGCUGGCGAGUUCGCAAGAGAGAGGGCAAAUGUUUGUAGGUGCAGGUGUGGAUGUAUACAAAGGUCAGAUAGUUGGGAUCCAUCAGAGACCUGGUGACUUGGGGCUUAACAUCUGCAAGAAGAAAGCAGCCACAAACAUACGAUCCAACAAAGAUGUUACAGUGGUGCUUGACACUCCCUUGACUUAUAGUCUGGACGACUGCAUUGAAUACAUUGAAGAGGAUGAACUGGUGGAAGUGACGCCUCUUAGUAUUAGGAUGUGCAAGAAUCCUAAAAUGGCAAAGAAAGGCAGGUAGAGAAAGAAAGACCCAUUUUUGCAGCUGGGGUUGGAGGAAACUGAAUGAAAACUAGUUUCUAUUUAUAGGCUUGUUUGAUUCUUAUACAUAGUCUUAUUCUUAUGUCAAAAGGAUGAGUGCCAUUAAAUGUUUUUGGACUACUUCCAUCACUGAUCAUAUGUUACUUAAAAGGUGUUAUCAUAAAGUCCUUCCGACAAGCUUAUGGAACA